CAGCAACAGCUACAACUCCGAUUCCUCCGUCUUCCUCCGCCUCAUUCACUUGGUCAACGCCUUAACUUCUCUCUUCUCUCGGGAUCCCGUCUUCUCUCCUCCAGGACCUUUCAGCUCGGCACACUAGUCAUGGCGGAUCGAUACUCGUUCUCCCUCACAACCUUUUCCCCCAGUGGAAAGCUGGUACAGAUAGAGUAUGCCCUAAACGCCGUCAAUCAAGGCGUGACCUCCCUUGGAAUCAAAGCUACCAAUGGUAUCGUCCUCGCCACAGAGAAGAAGUCCUCAUCACCUUUGAUCGACGCCCACUCGUCGUCAAAAAUCAGCCUCAUCACACCCAACAUCGGCAUGGUGUACUCGGGCAUGGGUCCGGACUACCGCGUUCUCGUCGACAAAGCACGGAAAGUGUCCCACACUGGUUACAAGCGCGUCUACAACGAGUACCCGCCUACGAGGAUAUUGGUGCAGGAUGUUGCAAGGGUGAUGCAGGAGGCUACGCAGUCGGGUGGUGUACGGCCAUACGGAGUCAGUCUUCUGAUAGCUGGAUGGGACGAUGGCAUUGAGCCUGAGAGUGAAGCAAAGGAUGACGAAGAGACGGAUUCGGAGAAGAAGAAGGUCAGCGGCAAGACUGGCGGGAUCUUGAAGGGCGGCCCCAGUCUGUACCAGGUCGAUCCCAGUGGAAGUUACUUCCCGUGGAAGGCGACGGCGAUUGGCAAGAGUGCGACGAGCGCCAAGACGUUCUUGGAGAAGCGGUAUACGGAAGGCCUGGAGCUGGAGGAUGCGAUCCACAUUGCGCUUCUGACCCUGAAGGAAACCAUAGAAGGAGAGAUGAACGGCGAGACUGUGGAGAUUGGCAUUGUUGGGCCCCCCGAGGACAGGUUAUUGGGAUAUGAGGGAGUCGAAGGCGCAAAGGGUCCUCGGUUCAGGAAGCUGAGCCCGCAAGAGGUCGAGGACUAUCUGACGAAUUUGUAAGGGGCGUUGGUCUCCACUGCUGCGGGAGAACGGCCGGAGAGAUAUAUAGAGACGUGACCGACCUCUUCGAGCAAGUCUAUGACCUGUAAAUGAAGAGACAUGAACCUAUUUCGAUUCGCUCGACCAACUGUCGUGGUCGUAUGUAUUUGCUGGAGUUGCCGUUGUUAAGCUUGAAACCGUAGCUGAUAACACAGUCGUGGAGCUAGCUGAUGUUCCUCCCAAAGUGAGCAUUCAGCUAUCAACUCCCAGUAGCAACGGCAGCC